AGAACUUUUCGUAUCUAUGAUGACGAUGGCUCAAAGAACAUGAACUUUGAGGAGUUUAAACAAGGUCUUAAAGAUUAUGGACUUGAUUUGUCAAAUGAGGUAUGGACUGCGAUAUCAUUUUACACUUUUAUUGCCUUUUGAUGUAAAAAGUAAUUCAGCAGAAAAAAAUCCUAGUAAAAAUGUUCUUUCGCAAAUGAUUAAGACGGUACCCAUUAGGAAAUUGAAAUUUUAACUUUCAGUGGACAAAAAACCUUUUUUUAAGAAUAUUUCAAGCCAUAUCGCAUUCCUUUUUACACUUUUCAAGGGCUAUAGAUGUACCGUAAUUCGCGUAAAUCCUCUAUUAAGCCCCCCGGGGGGCGUAUUUUUUUCAAGCACUUUUUAGGAGGGCUUUAUAGAGAGGGGGGCUUAUUCAAUUUGGCGAAAUGCAUCAGCGGGAGCAAGGUUUCUCGACGACGGACUUGUGGUUCCAGGGCGUUAUACUGCUUUUUCUAACAAUAAGAAAAUGGCAGCAAUAGAGCGUAAAGUUGAAAAAGUUAAGCACAUGAAGCUGGAGGUCAUGUGGCCGAAGACCAAAAACAAUAUGAACUUCCAGCCUGAAUAAACCAUAACUGAUCAGUACACGUUAAUUGUUUGCGAAGAAUAAGAAUGGAGGGGAGGGGGGAGGGGGGGCUUAAUAGAGAGGGGGGCUUAUUAACUUCCCUCCUAUAAAAAGGGGGCGCUUAUUAGAGAGGAGGGGCUUAUUUGAGGGGGGGGGGCUUAAUAGAGGAUUUACGGUAAUUAGCUAUCUGUAAUAACACCAAAGAUGAUCUCUUACCGAAGCCCGAGAAAAUAAAUCUCAAAGUUCACAGGAAUUGAGAAAACACAGGUAAAAUCGUUAUCCAUAAGAUUUCAUUUUGUGGAAUUUGAAUAAAAGAAGGAGAUGUUGGUAAAGAGCAUAAGACAAAGAAGUUAAGGAAAAACAAUGCUAACAGACUGCUGGUCAAUUUGUUUGUGUUCUUUAUUUAAGCUUAAAUUCUAAGCUAAAAAUUGUCACUCUGAUUGACAACGCACUUUUACAAAGUAGAACUUACUAGUAAAUAAAAUAACGAUGCAAUCUAUUUUUUUAAUGCAGGAGGUUACAGAGGUGUUUUCUUAUUUUGACAAAGAUGGAUCUGGUCAAAUCAGCUUUGAUGAGUUUCUUGUUGCUUUACGAGUAUGUAACAUGUUUUACUCGGAUUUGUAUUCAUCACCAUCACUACUUGUCUUCAUAAUAAUAAUAAUAAUAAUAAUAAUUAAUAUUACAGUCGACUCCCGAUAACUCGAACCUUGAAGGGAAAUCGAAAAAGGUUCGACUUAUCGGGAGUUCGAGUUAUCGGGGGUUCCAAGAAAAUAGCCGAGAGUAAGGUAAAAAACAGUUUUCACCCCGGGUCAGCUGUCAUCAAAAAGUGGUCUCUUUCAAACUAGUUUUUUAAUUUUUAACCGUUUGAGCUGAGACUUUGCACGAUAAUAGAACUUUGCAUUCCCAACAAUCGUAUGUUUUUGGACUUUUUAUUUCAACGGUUUUUGGCGCGAAAAUGACGUCAUAAGAUUGACAGCAAAAAAUAGUUUUCGACUUAUGGCGUAAAAAACUGGAACUUUUAAAAGAACUUACAGAGAUGAGCUCAAAUGUGAAAAAAGUAUUUGUAAAGCUUAAUUGGUUGAAAAGUUAUUGAGCCGUGAAUUUCGUAUUUUCCGCCAUUUUGUUACUAUUUUUAGAAAUUUGAUGAUCUUUAGAAUGUCAUAUCUUCUUAACCAAAUGAGGUUUUCAAAAACUUUUUUCACAUUCAGGUUCUUCUCUGAGUACUCUUUCAAACUUGCUAACCUGUUAUGGCAUAAGUUAAAACUUAUAUUUUGCUGCCAAUCUUAUGACGUCAUUUUCGCGCCAAAAACCGUUAAAAUCAAAAAUCCAAAAACAUACGAUUGUUGGGAAAACAAAGUUCUAUUAUCGUGCAAAGUCUCAGCUCAAACCGUUAAAAAUUGAAAAACUAGUUUGAAAGAGAUCACUUUUUGAUGACAGCUGACCCGGCGUGUUUUACUGCACAGUGAACAUUUUAAUCACAUUUGAUUGCAGAAAUGUCAAGUGAAAAUUAAGAGAUACUUUUAUAUUAUAAAUCAGAAGGUAACGUAACAAAACAUCGCCUAAAUAGAGCAGGGGUUUUACUGCUUUGAGAAGAAAAGCUGCUUCACGUUAGCCUGUGACAAUCAACAUCAGCUUCCACUAGUAAACUAUACUCCUACAACACGUCAAUAGGAAAUCUAAAAUUCAAUGUUUUGGAUGCCGGUAGACGGCUUUUCCCCCGACUUUUUAAGGGCUCAAAACAUGGUUCGAGUUAUCGAGGGUAAAAUUAUAUAGAAAAUGACCCGAGGGGAAACGAAAAUUAGUUCGAGUUAGCGGGAUUUCGAGUUAUCGAGGUUUCGAGUUACCGAGGGUAAAAUUACAGUGAAUGUAUGAGGGAAAUCCAGGGGAAAUCGAUUUUGGUUCGAGUUAGCGCGAGGUUCGAGUUAGCGAGGGUUCGAGUUAUCGGGAGUCGACUGUAUUAUUAUUAUAAUUAUUAUGAUUAUUACUAUUAUGAGUAUUAUUAUUAAUAAUAUUAUUAUUGCCAACGAGCAGGGCGGCAGCCAAAUAGAGCAGUGGGCAGAAAAAAUCUCGAAUCGAUGUAACAUAUAGUAAUGUAAGGUACCUUUCAUGACGUAAUGCAGAACAAAAAAUGCAUCGUUUUCAAUUUUCUUUUCAACCUGUUAAUCUGCUCCUUUCUUUGAAGCUCUUGCUGACCAUCGCUCUCAUUACCGAGUGCCGUAAUAGAGGCUUCUAAUGAUCAGCUUCUUUUAAGGGAGGUAGAGUGUUUUCACAUGACGUCACGGCAGCCAUGUUGUUGCCCCAAAACAAUAGAGAGUCCUCACGCCACGUUGCCAUGGUAGCAAGAGUUUUGGAUGACGACAAACCAAUAAAGUCAUUUAAAAGUGUAUUUGCACUAUUUCAAGCUUCACCGAUCUUAUUCAAUUUCGUUUGAUUUGGCAAAUCUUGGCGAAAUUUUCUUUGGGACCGUAUCUAUCGCUAUCUAAGUUUAGAAAAAGAAAGUGACAAUUUUUGUGUUGUGUUCACCUACUCCAUAAAGCAGGCUCGUGAAAUUAGGAAGUUUCAUGACGUAGUGGUGCAACGAUGGCAAAGAAAUGUAGAAAAUAGCAUGAUUCGCGUACAAAGUUGUUGUUUGUAAAUAUAAACAUCUUAUUUUUCUGCCGUUCUUCUUGCCGUCGCCGUCGUCGUCGUCGUUGGUUUUGUUGUCAUCCAGAAAUAGUCCUACCAUGGUAACGUGACGUCACACUUCUCCUCUCUAUCCUGUGGGAGUUUAAAACUCUUUUCUUCUUUUUCCUAUAAACUUGCACAGAUGCUGGCAACAUGAGUGAAAAGACUCUUAACCUGAGAUCAGGCGUUAUUUUUUUAUAGACUUAAAGGGAUAAUAGGGAGAGGGCAUGAUCUCAGGCUAAAACAUUCUAUACAUACAUAAUCAUACUUUAUUUUUUCCUCCCCAAGGAGGCUUUUCAGGAACAAUCAUUAUUUAAGAGUAUUACAUUUAACUAAAUACAACACUCAACUUUGUUCUAAUUACAAUGCUUUAAACCAGUUACAAAUUACAAUACUUUUUAAACUUAACUAAGAUUACCAAAAAUUUAUGUGAAAGUUAUCUAAAAGCCUGUUCCUUAACAGGCGUUUAAAAAUCUGAACAGAUUGGCUUAAUUUAAGAGAAGGUUCCAAAUUGUUCCAAAACUUAAUAGUCUGUAAUAAAAAGUUUACUGUUCGGAGGCUGUUCUGUUUAUCUUCCGGCUACUCUGAGUUGUUCGUUUACUAAAACAAAUGACUUGCUCACAGGGUGAUAAAUUGGGAAGUAAGAUAUUCAGGGGCUUUACCGGUCAUGCAUUUCUAACUCAAAGGGGCCCAUGUGUCAUGGCUUACCGGUUCAUUUUGCUUAUAAUACUGAUUAUGAGUCCUUGUUCACUAUGGAACUUACGAAAUUACCUGUAAAUAACAAAAUCACAGCGUUUUGUCAAACAAACACAUUUUAGUAUGUCUUCUACGCAUUAUAUAAAAUGUUACAAAGAACAAAAUUAAGGUUAAGGUAACAAGCUUUCAAAAACCACAGGGCUUCAAAUCGGAUUUUCAGGUGGUGGCCUGACAUCACAAGCUUUAAAUGCGUUAUUUUAUUUCAGGGAAACUUAGAAGGUCCUAGGUUGGCAGUAGUGAAAGAGGCAUUUAAAAGAGCUGACAAGACAGGAGAUGGUGUGGUAACCUUUGAAGAUCUAAAAGGGUGAGUUGGUUUCAGAGUAUCAUAAAUAAGCCUGUUGAUUCAAUAUGUGCUUUUGACACCCCAAAUUCUUCUCAUUUCUCCAAACCCUGAUAUUUUUUACAACUUUUUCCAAUUUCUUGUUGUGUAUCCCUUAUUAUACAUAAAGCAAGGAAAACGUUUUAUAUGGAAUUCGUAGAUGACAAUAGCUGUGAUCUUGGGAAGCUGUUUAGAGGAAUGAAAGCACCGAAGGAUAGUCUUUAGCGAGCUUACGCAAAGACGACGCUGACGUCAAAGAGGACGUCAAAAAAUCAAAAGGUUUAGAUUGACAAAACAACAACUUUGCACGUGCAUCAUGCUUUUUUGCACAUUUCUUUGCCGUCGCUGCACGACUACGACGUGAAAACGCUUAAUUUAGCGUUUUGUGGGGGACGUGAACGCAAGACAACGACUUUGUACUUCGUUUCCUACACUUCGAUACUGUCUUUUAGAAUUCAACUCCAUAAAAAAUUGCAACAUUUGACGAACUGACUGAGAUGGAAUAAGCGCCAUAAAGAUUGAGGCAGCGCGUAUUCACUUUUUAAGUUACGUUUUCGUUGCCGUCGCCGUCGCCGUCGUCGUUGCUUAAGCUCUCCCUUUUGUUUCCCUGACUACCGUGAUAAUCGCGCUCUAGCUGAUGACAUAGAUGGAUUCUUUCGUCGCAAGAUCAAUAAUAUCCGGAAUCAAAUUAGAAUCGUCAGAGCCGCUAUGAAAGAAGAGGACAAAGUUGAAGACGAUUCUGUAGUAAUGGAGAAUCAGCGCAUAUAUGAGUUUCGUAACUUCUCUUGAGAAGAUGUCCGCAGCCUCGUCCAGAAGUCAGCUAAAAGACCUGCACCCUCGCCCCAAUGCCGACAUCUAUGGUCAUAGCCUGCCUAGAGGAGCUUCUUCCAGUAAUAACGUGUAUACUAAAUUCCUCUUUGGGAUCAGGUCAUCUUCCCUCUCUAUGGAAAGAAGCUCUUGUAGAACCACGCCUUAAAAUAUCUGGGAAAGACAUCUCGUUUUCAAACCUACUACGAGUUACCUCCAGUUUAUAUCAAAACUUGCUAAGCGCGCGGUAUUUAAUCAGGUUCACGAGCAUGUGAUGAAGUUCCAGCUUUAAACAUUAUUACAAUCUGCCUACCGCUCUGGUUACAGCACAGGUACCGCGCUGCUUAAGGUGCACAUUGACAUUCUGUUAAGCAUGGAUAAACAGAGGGUCACACUGCUGGUACUUCUCGACCUAAGUGCGUCCUUUGGUACUGUAAACCACCAGGUGUUGCUCAAGCGAUUAGAAUCUUGCUUUGGAAUAUCUGGGACUGCACUUCACUGGUUUAAAUCAUACCUCGAUGGAAGAUCUCAGCGCAUCUGUGUUGGAGGUUGCUGCUCUAAGAAGUUUGGUCUACCCCAUGGCGUCCCUCAAGGUGCAUGCCUUGGUACCCUAUCGUUUACAAUUUACGCAAGCAAGUUAUUUAAAAUAGUCAAGGCUCACCUUCCGGAUAUGCAUGCCUACGCAGUCGAUUCUCAGCUCUACCUAUCUUUUAAGCCGGGUUCUGAGGACAACCAGACUGAAGCCGUCGAUGCUGCGCUGGAAUGUAUUUAAGAAAUUAGGGCAUAGAUGGCGCGGACCAGCGAAAGCUUAAUGAAGACAAAACCGAGGACAUAUUCUGCUGCUUGCACUGCAUAAAGUCGCUGUGAUCUCUUUCAAGGCUAUUCGCAAUCUGCGGCCUAUAUUGAACGAUGUUCUGGCUAUAACCUGGGGAGUAAUGUGGGCGUCAUUUUGUGUGACCCAACCGUUAAGUUCAAAUGCACUCUUGGGGACAGAUCAUUUACUGCAGCUGCUCCAAAGAUAUGGAACGGUUUAGCGGGCUAUAUUAAGAAAGAGAAUGAUUUUGAUAAGUUUAAGAGACUCAUCAAGACGUACUAUUUUAAAGAGGUCUAUAGCGACCUGCCUUGAGUUAUCGUAGGUUUAUAUUUUCAACUUUUAUCUCCUAUUUUUACUUCUUACUUGUUAUCAGGCUAGGCUAUUUUUCGUAGAAAAAAGGAAACCUAAAAUUCUCGGAUUCAAAAUAUGAGGGAGAGAGGAAUCAAAAAGAUUUUCUUUUUCGCAACGCGCUAAACUGCAUUUAAAAUUUUCGCGAAAAUAAUAUUGAAGCCUUUGCAAUUUUAAAAAAACGUAUCAAGUUUUCCUAGGAAGACCAAACAAAUGGAGAUUUUAUAGCGCCGCUUAGAAUGCAUUUGUAAAGGUCUCAAAGUACUCUGGAUAGUCUAAAAUAGUGUUUUUAACGCAUUUGGGAGGAAACCGCCGUUGGGUGCCCCUGAUUUUAGCCUGGGACCCGUCUCCGCAGUGGGGUCAAAAGGCAAAAAACGGGGUCAAACACGAAAAAUAUGGGCGAGCAAAGCGAGCCUAGCGGCCGCCCAGCGGUGGCCACCCUUUCUCCUCCCUAGAUUACCUCUCGGUUCACUUCGCUCGCCUAUUUUUUCCCCAUUGGGGAGUCUGGUCCCGGGUUUAAAUAUGAAUUCAUAAAUAGACUCCCCCUUCCAGGUUUUUUUUUUCAAGUUUUAGUAAAUGAGCAGGAACAGAAUAUCCAUCGACGCUAGUGAAAGAAGUGCCUUGAAAUUAGGAACCUUACCAAGAUUAAAAGUCAAACAAGUUAAGAUAUUGCCCCACAAAAAGUCGCAGAAUUUUACAGUGUUUUACGGACGAUUUUAUGGUGGUGGUCUUUGCUGCGCUAUAUCUUUGUUAGUUGUCAACGGAACAAAUGAAGUUCAAGCUUGGAAUCUUUGCUAAUUUGAAGGAAUUCUUUCUCACUCUGGUUUGUUUUGAUGGAUAUCAACUGGUCCAAGUCGAAAGUUGAAAUAAAAAACGAUGAAGGAUCUAUUUCACCAUUUCUUGCAGAGUCUACAAGGUCACUGAGCACCCAAAAUACAAAAAUGGGGAAUGGUCGGAAGAUCGGGUGUUUAAAGAAUUUUUAAACAGCUUUGAGCCAGACCCGUCAAGCCGAGACGGAAAGGUUAGUUGUCUUUAUUGAUAGUCAUAAAAAUGGAUAGAAAAGGUGACAUUUCCUGACAGGAUUUGAACUCUACUGACUUUCUAGACACUGAGUUAGGGCCUCGAAACUAGACUCGUUAUCCAAAUUAAGCACUCUAUGAUUUUAAUUAGGAUGAUUUUGGCAAGUUUACUGAUUUGUCCAGCGGUUUCAUCAUAACUGUCGAACUGAAUUUCAACUGGUUAGCUCAAUCUACUGAACAGGAGGUCGCGGAUUCAAACCUUUGCCGGACCAACACUCAGGGUCUUAAAAUAACUCAGGAGAAAGUGCUGCUUUUGCAAUAAUGACAUCUGAAAACCAUUAGACUUUCUAGUCUUUUCGGAUAAGGACGAAAAACCGUAGGUCCUGUCUGGCGGCACCUUAACUUGUUUGGUUCUUGCGGGACGUAAAGAACCUCAACCACUUUUCGAAAAGAUUAUAGGGGACGUAUACUCCGUUGGUGUGGUAUCCUGGACUGGGCGGGAUAUCUGUAAGGACACACCUAAUUAAAAUAAUUGGAGCCCUGCUAACUGUUGUGUGUUCUGCACCAUGUGGUGGACGUGAUUAGAUAAUAAAUGGAAGAGCUAGUAAUAACCAAAGGUUACGGAAUGCGAGCGACAACGAUCGGAGCUCCAAACGCUUUUGUUCCAACACUGUGCUUUGCGUAACGGGUCAGAUGGACAAAAUAAAACACUCGUGAUCAGUACGAGGGGAGGAAGGUCGAAAUGCGCGUGAUCAAAUUGCGUUUUCUCGUAGUGUGAAGUACAAACGAAUACUGGCUACAUACAUGACGCAUGCGAAAUGACAACCUGGAGAUUAGGAUUGCGGGCUCCUCUUGUCGCCCUCACUGAGUCGUAACAAUCUCAUUGCAUCAUUCUUGUUGCCCUAAGUUUCGCACAUUGUGAUGUGUACAAACAGUUUCAAUUAGUCCUUUAUCUCACAACUAUUAAUUUACGUAAUAAAAGGGCCUGAAAUCAUAAGCGAAACGUGCAUUACAUUUACAAUUCCUAUUUAUAUUCACGACUAAGAGACAGCAACGGGUGUGCAGCUCGAACUGUGAGCCUGAGUGUUUAUUGCCGUCCGAAUAGCUUACAAAGUUAAACAUCGUAACUAAAGAAUGAUAUACAAACACUCCUACAUAAAGUCACUCAGGUUAAACUAGACACAUGCGCAGCCUGAAACGAAAACGCGAUAAGAACCCAAUGGGAAAAAUUGGGAACGUAUUCUCCACUGCAUGACCAAUGCAGUCGCACAACCUCUGGGGGUUAAAGAUAAAAAGGUCAAUAGAUAGAUAUGUAAAGUAGGAUGUAAAAAUAAUAUAAAAAUUGAAAGUUUGAGAACUGAGAUAAAUAAGUUACACAUGACUGUCUACGGCUCACGUGCGUUCAUACCAACGGCAAAGUAUUUACAUUCCCUAUCACUGCCACUAAGUUUUAGGGUCCCGAAGGGGGGGAAUUGGGAGGAGCCCGGGAGCGGAUCAAGCUCUCUGGGGCGCUCUGCCGGGGAGCGGGAAACAUUCAGGGAUAAUUUUUUUUCCCGCCCCGCCGCCACAGAACCUGGAGAGCUUUCUCUCAGGCUAGCUCCGCCGAAUGUAAAUACAUUAUUUUUAACCUCUAGUUAUAUUGUUCUUUUGUAUUGAUUUUUAGGUCACAGAGAGAGAAUUCUUGGAUUACUAUGCUGCGAUUGGGGCAAGCAUUGGUAACGACGCUUACUUUGAACUCAUGAUGAGAAAUGCAUGGAAGAUGUAA